AUGGUGAACUCCAAGACUGUCAUUACCUCUUGGCUGUUGGCGGUCACUACCAGCCAGGCCGCGGUGCUGGCGCCCGCCAACGAUAUUGUGUUUCCAUCCAGCAAGACGGCCCACAAUCCGUUGCAGUUCGCUGGGGGUAAUUCUCCGUACUUUGCUGGGCCCAACGUCAAUGGUGUGGAAAAUACCGUACCGAAAAAGUGCACAGCUCAGCAGGCUGCCUAUAUUGUGAGACACGGAAGCCGUUUCCCCGACACCGGUUCCUACAACUCUUGGGUUGACAUUCAAGACAAGAUUCAAAUCGCUGUCAAUGGCGCAGCGUUUGACGCCCGUGGCUCGCUGGCCUUUAUCAAGGACUGGAGCCCCGUUUUGACCAACCCAACCCUGCAAAUAGCUCAGGAAUCUAUGACUGGCUGGAAAGAGGCUACUGACCUCGGCUACCAACUCCGUGCUCGGUAUCCCGAUUUCUACGAAGACGGUAACCCAUUCUAUGUUUGGGCCAACCAGUACAAAAACCCCAUCAAUGAGUCUCGUGUUGUUCAAACCGCCCGUGCCUUUGUCAACGGCUACCUGUACGAGUUUGCCGAUACCUACGGCACCGUGGUCAGUGUGAACUCCACCGGCUCUGUCAACGCCAUCGGCAACUCGCUCGGCCCCUCUGACGCCUGCCCGGAAUUCGCUGCCGCCUCCAGUGGGGGCAACAAUGUCACCGACUUUGAUGCCACCUGGGCACCCAAGGCGCUCAAGCGCAUCAACUCCUUGGUGAGCGGCAACCUGACCUUUGAUGAGACCGACCUCCUGUUCUUUCCCUACCUGUGCGGGUACGAAAGUCAGAUCACUGGCCGUGUGAGUGACUGGUGUGGCGUGUUUACUGAGGAUGAGCUGCGCAACUAUGCCUAUUCGCAGGACCUGAGCUAUUACUACAGUGUGGGACCCGGUUCAGAUGGCCCUGCGAGCACGCUGUUCCUGCCUUUCCUCGAGAGCCUCAUAACUCUUCUGAGCAAGGGUCCUGGUCAGACCGGCACUGCGGCUGAUGGCGGUAGCUUCAAUAUUCCCAGUCUGAUCAUGGCUUUCUUGAACGACAACCAGAUCGCUGAGAUGACUUCGGCCAUGGGCAUCUUCGAUAACGAGGCUGCUUUGCCUGACACCCACAUCCCUGCUAACCGCCUGUACAGCGUCGCCCACUUUAUCACAAUGCGCGGCACCGUUGCCUUUGAGACUCUGAACUGCGAGGUUGGGUCUGGCCACCGGUUGUCCAACCAGACGUAUAUCCGUGUGUUGUUCAACGAUGCCGUCUACCCAAUUGCCAACUGCCAGACCGGGCCCGGCAAGAGCUGUCUCCUGUCCGACUACCUGGCGCUCAUCAAGGAGAAGAGCAAGGCUGCCGGUGAUUGGAUUGACUACUGCAAUGUGACUCAGUCUGGACACCCUGAAACUGUGGCUGGGGCCAGCUUCUUUAGUGACCUCUCGCUCGACUUCUUGACCUUUGUCAAGCCUUGA